AUGUUUGACUAUCGUCAUGAAAUUGAAAAUGAAAAAUUAUCUUCACAAUUAGAAGAAAGAGCUACAGAUAAUAAUACUCAUCAGUCAGAUUUGAAACAGCAAUCAUCUGUGACAAAUAGAAUGAUUCGUAAUGGUACUCCUUCAUCAUCAAUGCCAAAACUUUUACUAAAACGUUCUUCGAUCAAACAAAAUUCUGCUACUUCACAAAUAAAGAAACCAAAUGCAGCAUCAUCUAUUACAGAUAUUAGUACAUCUUCAAGUAAUACGGGUACUAUCGAUCAUUUGCAAAGUACACAUUCAAUAAUAAGUGAUCAAGAAGAAGUUAUAUCAUUAAAAACAACAAAUAAAACAAAGAAUUCUAACAAUGAAUUUAUAUCAAAAGUUGAUUCUACUUCUAAACAUAUCAUAUUAAGAAAAAAAACACCACAAUCAUCACAAAAUCAAUCAUUGAUAUCUUUAAAUCGAAAACAACAUAAUAUCGAAAUAUCAAAGAAAAAAUUUACAAAUAAUAGUUUAUUAACAAAUUCAGAAUUAGCAUAUGAUACUGAACAAGGAUCUGAUGUAUGGAUGAAUAGUCAUGAAGAUAUUACUCAAAGUAUUAAUGACCAAAAUGAAAAAAAAUCAAAGAUUCAUAAACGACAACAAAAAAAACAAAAUAAAAAUCGAAUAAUUGAUGGUUCAAAAUUUAUGCCUUUGAACUUAAAAGCACGUAGUGAUCAUCAAGCUCAUACUGUAGAUUCUUCAAGAUUACCAAGUAUUGAACAAUCAUGUGGUGAACGUGAUCUAAAAAAAUUAUCAAAUGACCUUUCACGUCGUCCAAUUAUUCGUCUUCCAAUAACACAAAUAGAAAAAUUUGAAUGUGGAACUAUUGGACCUCAUCUUCAUCCUUCUUCAAUUGCUCGUCAAUUAUUUUAUUUACCAUCAAUUCAUAAUCGUCAUCAUUUAUCAUCUCAAAUUUAUGAAACAACUGAAUCACUGACGGAUCAAUUUUAUUCGUUUAUGUCAUCAAAAAAUAUUGAUGAUAAGCAAGCAUUUGAAUCAAUACUCAAUUGGCAACAACAACAAUCACAACAUCCAAUAUCAAAGACUGAACAGAGUAAAUGUCAACAGGUAUACUUAUUAGAUACAUCAACAAGCAAUACAAUUCGUGGUAGACAAUAUCCUAUCUUAACUGAUGAAAUCGAUAUGAUUGAUGAUCCAAAUGCAUGUACUAUUGUUAAUAAAUGGGCUUUUGCUGAUUUAGUCAAUGCUGAACGAGAAAAAUUUAUUCAAGAAUCAACAAAUAAAAUUACGAAAUCAAAAAAACGAUCAUAUCUAAAUAAUAAUAUUAAAAUAUGUUUACGAAAACGACCAUUAACACAAUUUGAACAAGAUGUAUUUAAAGAAGUUGAUAUUAUAAGUAUUGUUGAUUCACAAACAAUAUUUCUUCAUAUACCAUCAAUAACUAUUGAUAAUCAAGUAUUCAUUAAAAAUCGAAAAUUUAAAUGUGAUCAAACAUUUGAUGAACAUUGUCAAAUAAGCACUAUUUAUAAUUCAACUCUUGCACCAUUACUUGAUCUAACAAUUGAUGGUAGCAAUUGUUUAUGUUUAAUUGGUGGUGGAAAAUAUUCGGGUAAAAAUUAUCUUCUUCAUUCAUUAAUUGAUUUAUUUGCAUUUGAUCUAAUUCGUCUUUUAUCAUCAUAUGAUAUCUAUAUUAAAUUACUUGGUAUAUGUCAUAAUCGAAUGAUUGAUCUUUUACAAAAUUAUUCACCAAUACGUAUUAUUAAAUCUAUGGAUUGGACAUUAAUACCAAAUGAUGUAUUUCAUUUAAAAAAUGAUAAUGAUAUUGAUUAUAUAACAUGUCAAAUAAAAAAACGUCGUCGUUUUAUUCAUCAAUUAAUACAAAUUAAUUUUCAUGAAAAAGAACAAUCGAUAAUGAUCGGUUCAUUGAUGAUUGUUGUUUUAGCUUCAUCUCAAUAUGUUUAUACAAAAGAUUUAUGCUCACAUAGAAAAAAAUUUUUAAUUAAUUCAUUAAAUAAAACAAUUUUAUCAUUUAAAAGAGCAUUACUUGGUAUUCGACAAAAUCCAGAUCGAGUUCGAGCAGCAUUUAACAAUGAUAUUUUAACUCGAUUGAUUGAACCAUAUGUAUUUCAUGAUCAAUCAAAUAUUUGUUAUAUAGGUACACUUAAUCCAGGUCAUCGACAUCGUAUUGCAACAAAAUCUACAAUUGAAUUUGCUCGAAAUCUUCGUUUUUGUUUGAAACGUAUUAAUAAACAACGUCGAAAACGAAAAGAAUUAUCUCGAAUAAAUACUAAUAAUAAUGAUAAUACAUUUUAA